GUCAUAUGUAUAUACACCUAUAAGCAUACGGAAAAAGACUUUGAGAGAUCUAUUAAGAAUGGCAUCAAAUUUUUCAAAUGGAACUUUUACAAGUUUGAGUGAAAUGGAAUACCAAGAAUUUCUGGACAGAGGGAUUCCAGCUACAAUAUUCCUGCUAUUUCUGUCAGUCGUAGGAACAAUUGGCAAUAUACACACAGUCGUAGUAUAUACGUUAUCGCCAGUCAUGGCAAGAUAUUCUGUUCGAGUUUUUAUCAUUUGGCUAUCCCUUAUCGAUCUUACAUCAUGUUUGUUGUGUAUGCCUUUUGAGAUUUUUGAUAUCCGAUACGACUACACAUUUUCAUCUCUAGGUGCUUGUAAAUUCUUUAGAUUUCUAAAUCACAUUGUAACAGUGGCCUCCGGCUGUUUAUUGACUGCAAUUGCCAUUGAAAGAUAUAAGAUAAUUGUCAAAAACUUGCCUGUACUAUUUGCUAAUUCACAAAGGUCGAAUGUCAUAUCUGCCAGUCUGUUAGGAUUAUCCACGAUAUUGUCAAUUCCUGCAGUUAUAUUUUACGGUCUGAACGAAAAAAAAACAGACAUUGUUGGCCUUACAGGCAAGGAUUGUAAAAUUUUAUCAGAGUAUCACAGUAUACGUUAUGUAGGAGUUUAUUACAGUAUAUUACUAAUUACAGGUUCAGCUGGCACUGUCAUGUGCAUCGUUUCAUAUGGAAAAGUACUGUGUAAAAUUUGUACUCGGAAAGAUUGGAGGGAAUCAUUAGGAAAUAAACCAGAUUCGUCCUCCAAUUUACCUUCGGAAAUAAGUUCGGGGACGACCCAGGUUAUAUCUACUAUUCAAAAUCGGAAGGAAAAAAUAAAUAAAGUGCACAUUGAAAUUUCGUACAGUGAAAAGAAAAAGGCUACUCGUUCAAAACACAAUCUUGGAAAUGCGAUUCGACUAACAAUAAGCCUCAUGACAGCAACCGCUAUUUCCUAUUUAGGAUAUAUGUCAUAUGUUUUCACAUUCAUGGUCGUAAUGCUAAAUCCUAAGAUGUAUCAAAAUAUUGUUAGACCAGUAUCCAACAUUUUAGUGCGCGGAUAUUUUGUCAACAAUGCAGCCAAUCCUAUCGUAUUUUGUCUUUUGGAUAGAACUUUUCGACAGGAAUGCUUGAAAUUGUAUGGAAAUAUAUUUUUAAAGAAAACUAUCUCGCCGGUAUUACCCUGAUUUAACUUUCUUUCAAACACAACUUAAUAAAACGUGUAUAAAUAAAUUUUGAUAUAAGAGAAUGGCGAAAAGGGUAUUAUAUUUCCAAAAUGGCGUAUGUGUGACUGUCAUUGCUUGAAAUGUUAUAUAUGCCAAUUUGUAGUGAUUAAGAUUAUAACACAAUGUGGACUGUUUAUAUUCAUAGCUUACUAAAAUGUAUUGUUUUUGUUCAUUGUUGAAUACCGUACAGGGACCCAUAGUUGCUUGCAUCCAAGUCAUUAGAUCUCUGACGGAUUGUUGUCUCAUUGGCAAUCAUAGCGCAUCUCCUUAUUUGUACCUUCGCAGAAACACUGCCGAACGUGGCGUGUUGCACGUUUGCGGACAGAUAGAUAGACGCGCGUUUUGUCUACAAAAGACUCAUCAGUUACGCUGGAAUAAAACAAAGUUCAUAAAUAGUCCAACAACACAAAAUACCUCAGAUUACACAGUUUGGAUGAAAUUGAGAAUUGAAAUGGGUAAUGUGUCAAAGAGACAACAACCCGACCAAAGAGCAGAAAACAGACGUAAGCCACCAAUGGGUCUUCAA